UGGUGUGCUCAAGAGCUUUCGUAUUGCUGUGCAGUGCAGUUUUAAUGCAGCAGGCUUCCUGCAUGUACGAGCCACAUCCAGCAGUUGGAGAGAAACUUGCUCGUGAGUAUCAUGCUGGUAGCACUCGCGGCGCUACCUAUCCGAUGGAGUACGGUUUAGGGCACUACUUUGAAGGGGACAUCAUUCUGAAGCGUGGCCGUGCUGGACUCAUAUACAACGAGAUGAGAUGGCCGAAAGGAGUGGUACCGUAUAAGGUUGCUGGUAGUUUCGCUACUAGAGACUGGGCAGUGGUUCAACGGGCGAUAGACCAAUACACGCUUAUGACCUGCAUCCAAUUCGUCAAGCAAACCAGGGAACCAUACUACGUCACCUUCUGGAAUAACGCAACUGGAUGCCACUCAAAUGUUGGUUUCUACGCGGACAACACCUACCACCAGAUCAAUCUUCAGACUCCGGGCUGUACGACUUACCCCGGAACUCCGGUGCACGAAAUGAUGCACGCUUUGGGGGCCUUCCAUGAGUUCACAAGAACCGAUCGCGACAAUUACAUCACCAUCAAUCGGCAGGCUCUGCUCCCCGAGUAUCAAACUGAUGCGUUCUACAACGCUAACUUCGGCAUCACACCGGCUCAGUAUGUUUCGACCUAUAACACCAGCUACAACUACGGUUCGGUAAUGCACUAUUCUCGGUAUGCCGGUGCUGCAAGUGCCCUUACCCCGGUCAUGUCACCGAAGAAGGUGUGGUUUUCCGAUUUUGGCAACAAUAACGGAUUAACUGACACCGACAUCCAAUUGAUCAAUGCUAUGUAUUGCAAAAAUCCAAGUGUUAUGGGUUGA